AUGUCACUGCUUCUCCUUCAGCUGUUAGUGCUUUCAUGUCUUGGAGCCACAGAGGCACAGGGACAUCCACCGCGAAGGAAAAGCAGAAGGCCAUUUCAGCAUCUUUUCUAUCUGGACAAAAAUCUGCUUGAAAGUCAGAGCUUCCAUGAGCUGGUAGGGGAAAACCCAGUAGGUGUUGAGGAAACCCUGGGAGAACCAAGCUUUUUUGUAGCAAUUCCACAGAUGGCAUCUGAAAGUGAGAAGCAAGAGGAGAAAAAAACAUCCAGAUUCAUCCUUCCCAAUGCAGAACCCCAUGCAGACCAAGACCCAAGAAGCUUGGCAGCACCCAAAGAGAUCUCUCCUGUGGAAAACUUCUCUCCAUCCCACUAUUCCAACAGGAGGGAGGCUGAUCCGCCUUAUAGAAAAGAUGCCAAGAAAUUUUGGGACCACUUCAUGUUAAAGAAAAAUUCAGCAUCUGAGGAGAUUGUUCUGCCAAUCAAGACCAAUGAAAUGCACCUAGAAAACUGCAGAACCCUGCCUUUUUCCCAGGGUGUUACUCAUGAGAGCUGUCAGAAGGUGAUGGUACAGAAUAAUCUGUGUUUUGGAAAAUGUAGUUCCUUUCAUGUUCCUGGUCCAGAAGAUCGUCUUUACACCUUUUGUUCUCAUUGCUUGCCCAGCAAGUUCUCCAUGAAGCGCCUGGAUCUCAACUGCACCAGUUCUGUCCCAGUGGUCAAAGAAGUCAUGAUUGUAGAAGAGUGUAAAUGUGAGACUCAGAAGAUCAAAGACCCUGCAAUUGGAUCUCUACUGUCAGACUUGCAUGCAAAUGUACAUGAGCACAAUUAA